GAUUGACUUUGACUUCUGUCAAAAACCAGUUGUCAAGUUUAUUUGCGUCAAAAAGUUUUUCUUUUUUUUAUUAAACAUCUUUUCAUAUAUGGUCACGUUUGUUAUUGAAAUUGUGCCGAUAAAACGCAUUUUGUGCUCUCAAGCGUAAAUAUUAGGUGGGUUAAAAUAAUUUUAUAAAUGUCGAAAACACUUUUCUUUUCGCCCAUGUUAUACAAUUGGUAAUUAGGGAAAGCCUCCUUUUAAAAUUUAAGACUGUGUAUCUCACGUGGGAUAAUAUUUUUGCAUUUCCAGAAUUGGUAAAAUGUCUGGGAGGAAGAAGAAACCAGGUCUAAAGCUUCAAGUUUCAGACGAUACGGUUCCGAAAGUAGGUCCUCCAGCAAACUUAAACACUAGAACAACCAUCACUAUAGCAGAUAAAACAUUCGAUGUAGAAGCAGACGAUCUAGAAAAAAUCUGUGAUCUAGGACGAGGAGCUUAUGGGGUAGUAGAAAAAAUGAAACACAUUCCAAGCGAGACUAUUAUGGCAGUAAAAAGAAUCACGGCAACUGUCAAUACUCAAGAACAAAAAAGACUUCUCAUGGAUUUGGAUAUUUCUAUGAGAAGCAGUGACUGUCCUUAUACUGUGCAAUUCUAUGGAGCUUUAUUUAGAGAAGGAGAUGUUUGGAUUUGCAUGGAAGUUAUGGAUACUAGUUUGGAUAAGUUUUACGCAAAGGUGUACAAGAAUGGGAAAAAAAUUCCUGAGGAUGUUCUAGGAAACAUUGCUCUUGCCGUUGUUAGUGCCUUACAUUACCUUUAUUCCCAGCUUAGAGUUAUCCAUAGAGAUGUUAAACCUUCAAAUAUACUGAUUAAUAGACAAGGAGAGGUAAAGAUGUGUGAUUUUGGAAUAAGUGGAUAUUUGGUAGACUCUAUAGCCAAGACAAUUGAUGCGGGAUGUAAACCAUACAUGGCUCCCGAAAGAAUAGAUCCUACUGGAAACCCUUCACAAUAUGAUAUACGUUCAGAUGUCUGGAGUUUGGGCAUAUCAUUAAUUGAACUAGCCACAGGAGACUUCCCAUACCCCAAAUGGGGCACACCUUUUGAACAACUGAAACAGGUUGUGGCUGACGAUCCUCCGAGGUUACCUAGCGGACAAUUUUCGCCGGAAUUUGAAGAUUUCACCUGCAAAUGUCUCCAGAAAAAAUACACGGACAGGCCCAACUAUAGCCAACUACUGGAGCACGAGUUUUUAGUGAAACAUAAAGACAUGAAAACAGAUAUAUCUCCUUUUGUCUCUGAAAUACUUGACAUACCUGACAAUCCCUGAGAUUCGUGUGUUGUUUGUUAGUUUUCGGCGUAUUUUUAUCGAGAAGCAUGGUGAUAGGAGCUACAAAGCUUACUACAACAUAGAAUAUACACUAAUAAGUUUCAAUUAGAUGAUUUUUUCAGUUACAUUUGUGAUAUUUUAAAUGAAAAAGGUUUCAGUUUGCUUUUUAUAAAAUUGUGAUUUAUAUUUUGAUCUUAAAAGAGAUAUCAAAAUAUAAAGUGGAAGGAAAAAUGAUGUUCUUACAUAAUGUGUUAAUCAGAUCGAUUAACUCAUGCCAUUCCCAUUAAGUGAUGUUAUGCAAGUUUUUAUAAUUAUUCAUUACUACUUAGUUAUACAUUAUACCGUAUAAUGAAAAUUUUAAAACAAAUUGUUUUUAAUUCUUUUUUACAGACGCUUGACAAGAAAU